AUGAUACAAACACAACAUAUCACCACCACCAAGAGACGAGGGUCGUUACACAAGAAUCUAUUUGACCCAGAAGUGGUCAACAUACCGAGCCCGAAAAGUUACAACUACGCCGGCAAGCGGGAGUACCGAGGCAGUUCUGCACGCAAUGGACUUCUGUACACAAUCAACCCCCGGGAACAGUUUCUGUCGUCGCUAAUAGGCGAGGAACAAUGGGAAUACCUACAUGAGAGUUUCACCAGUGGGCUAGCAUAUAUACAACAAACACUAUCCUCUAGAAGCAAGCUGCAAAUACCGUUGCUAUGUCUAGUAUGGUAUGUAGUCUCUAGUAUAUCGAGCAAUCUGUGCCGGACGAUCCUGAAGGGGUUCCCGCACCCAGUGGCUCUCACCGAGAUACAGUUUCUGUUCACUGCGAUCCUGUGCACGAGUUUCAUCAGUCUGAUCAAUUACUAUGAGAGGCCCAGGAGACACCACUCCGGGCUCUCGCACUGGGUGAGGAUGUUCCCCGAGGGGACGUUCCCGGAGUACCUAGACGGCGACUUCCACAACAGCAUAGUUAACAAGUUCCUGAAACCGAGCGCUCUGGCGAUGCAGUGCUGCUUGCCGCUCGGCAUAUUCCAGUUCGUGGGCCACAUCAGCACACACAAGGCGACCUCAAUGAUCCCCGUGUCCCUAGUGCACUCCAUGAAGGCGCUGUCGCCGAUCGUCACUGUGGGCUACUACAGACUCGUGGAGCAGAAACAGUACACGCGGGCCACGUACACCAGCCUGUGCGCCAUCGUCGCGGGGGUGAUCUGUACGUGUUUCAGCGGCAAGAGCAAGAGCAACCGCGAGCCCCACUACUACCAGGGCCUGCUCUUCGCGUUGCUGUCGAUGGCCAUCUUUGUUGCGCAGAACAUCUUCGCAAAGGGUGUGCUGACUCAUAAGAGCUCCAAGAGCGCCAAGAGCGUCAGGGGUGCCAGAGGUGCCAAUUCCAAGCCGGACAAGGGGCAGCUGGACAAGAUAACCAUCCUGCUGUACUGCUCGUGCAUCGGGUUCGUGCUAACGCUUCCGGUGCUGCUGAGCUCGAUGCUGUUCUCCUCCGCGGUCACCACUACGUACCACCCGUUCUUCAAGCUGGUAGCGCUGCUGCUGUUGCACAACGUGGCCCACUUCCUGCAGGCCAUGCUGGCGUUCCAGCUCAUCGGCCUGCUCUCACCAGUCAACUACUCAGUGGCCAACAUCGCCAAGCGCAUAGUGGUCAUCUGCGUGGCACUGCUGUGGGAGAGCAAGCACUCCCCCGCGGGCCUGCUCGGCGUAGCGGUAACCAUGGCUGGCCUCUACGGCUACGACCGGGCCAGAUCAGAGACCCCAGGGCUUCGCCACCCGCCACAGAACAAGUAUACAGCCACAUAA